AUGCCGUAUUUCACAUCCAGCGAAGAGUGGCAGCGCCAAUCAGCCUUGCUGCUACAAGCCCGUCCAACCACCACGCGCAUAACAACAAAAUACCACAUACCCUCCGCCGACUCCAUCUCUACAAAACCUGCCUCAACAACAGACGCUUCCACCACACCUUCAGAACCCAAACAACCAAUCGCCCUUCUCGAGUUAAAAACCUACGAUCCAGUGUCUGGCACAACGCUAAAGUACAAGACCGACAAGGCUGCAGAGGUUGGCAGGUUGAUUGCUGCAAUGGGCACGUUGGGAAGAGAGAUGGCUGCACUGCCAGAGUUGAAGCAGGAUGUUGCCAUGGUUGAUGCGCCGGCUGAGGGAACAGAGACACCUGUGGAAGCUGCUGCUCCCGCGCCGACACAACAAAGUACAGCAGGCAAGAAGAAGAAGAAGGGCAAGAAGUGA